AUAUACGGAGUUCUUGCUAUUCAGACCAGUAAACGUUUCCCGGUUUUUGAGCAAUACGGUUCGGUUGUCGCGCCCUUUUUCGCUCCGACUUGUGCUAUUUCCUCAGUGAUUUCUCUUAAAAUUUUUACAGUGAGAAUCUUUUGAAUAGUUCGAGAUCGGAGUUAAUUUUUCUGCAUUCAUAGGUAAAACUCGACGACUCUUCAGUACGUUACCAGAAAUCCACUCGACUUUGGACACCAAGAUUUUCGUUGCCAUCGAGAACGGUUCUGUUGCGAUCGGUCUGUAAAUCAUCCGCGCAUUCUCACUCUUCCCGCACCAUUUUGUUGCGGUGAAGCCGUUUCUCAUAUUAUUCCGUUCUAUUUCGUCGCGAUGAAAGUUUACGACGAACUGAAAACCUUGUUGUGCGCUCGUUUAUUAAAAAAAUGGUGAUGCUAACGGGAGUUUUUGGGAUAUAAACGUGAACAAUAAACUUUUAUUUCGUCAACGGUUUCACUAAAGUUAACCGCAAGACAUCGAAUAGUCGAGAUAAGAAAUGAAGAGAAAAAUCUCACAUAAUCAUCAAGAAUCGGAGAAAAAGCAAAAGGACCUCGGCAGCUGGCCUCUUUAUAGCUUAGUUAGCACUGUCGCCGCGUUAUGUUAUUUGAACGGGCUGAAUGGCGAUUUUGUGCACGAUGACAUUCCUGCUAUUACACGCAAUAAAGACGUUCUGGCUAAUAAUCCGCUCGGACACAUUUUCAAGAACGAUUUCUGGGGAACGCCCAUGGCAGAAAUAUCCAGCCACAAAUCUUAUAGACCAUUCACCGUUUUAACUUUCAGAGCCAACUAUUUGAUCUUCGGCUUGAAGCCCGCAUGGUUCCACUUGACGAACAUAUUGCUACAUAGCGCAGCCUGUUCUCUAUUCACCAGAGUAUGUCUGUGCGUGGCUGGUCUACGGCCCCCAUUUGCAGCUAUAGCGGGUCUCCUUUUUGCAACUCACCCUAUUCACACGGAGGCGGUUACAGGCAUUGUUGGCAGGGCAGAUGUUUUGGCUUGCGUGUUUUCACUUCUCUCACUACUUGCAUAUCAUGGUCAGACUGAUGGAGUUUCGCAUGUUUGGAUCAGUAUUCUACUAGGUGGUCUUAGUAUGUUAUCGAAAGAAACUGGAGUAACAAUUCUGAUCAUUAAUUUGGCUUAUGACUUUUUUCUUCAUUGGCACGACUUGAAACGAGCUAUGGGUGAAAUGAAGUGGAAUCAAGAAACCCUCCAAUUUACUAAAAAGGCUGCAAAGAUCCUUACUUCGCUCGGUAUUUUGCUUACAAUGAGGCUUGCAAUUUUGCAAGGAUCCCUACCGAAAUUUUCCCAGCAAGAUAAUCCUGCAGCUUUUCAUCCCUCGAUCUACGUCAGAUUUCUAAGUUUUGGAUACUUAGCGGCUUUCAACAUGUGGCUUCUACUGUGUCCAUCAACUUUGUCCCACGACUGGCAAAUGGGAUCUAUUCCAUUAGUAACUUCCAUUUACGAUCCAAGAAAUUCAGUAACAAUUUUUUUCCUUGGACUAACAAUGUUAUUAGCUAUUAAAAGCCUGUCGGAGUUUGAGUCUCAAAAGCAUACUCCAUUAGUAUUGGGACUUCUCCUGCUAGUGUUGCCUUUUCUACCAGCAACCAAUUUAUUAGUAACAGUAGGAUUUGUUGUGGCAGAACGAUUGCUAUACAUUCCGAGCCUUGGUAGCAUUCUCCUCAUCGUGUACGGAAUUCAAAUAUUAUGGUACAGAUGUUAUUUUCAUAGACAAACAAUAGUUUGUUUGGUUAUGUUAUUGCUAGUUGCCGGCUGUUUGAGAACCAUAAUCAGGAACAGGGAUUGGCUUUCAAGGGAAUCCUUACUCAGGGCUGGACUGAUUACACUACCAUGUAAUGCCAAGAUGCAUUACAAUUAUGCAAAUUUCCUGAGGGACGCUUCGAAACCAGAAUUAGCGAAGACCCAUUAUCUGAAAGCCCUCAAAUUGUGGCCAUCGUACGCUAGUGCACACAAUAAUAUCGGAACUUUACUCGAUAAUCGCUAUGAAGCUGAACUACAUUUCCUUUUAGCCAUUCGACACUCGUCCGAGCACAUCAAUGCUCAUUAUAAUUUAGGAAAAUUAUACAGGAUGAACAACAGAUCAGUUGAAUCAGAACGUAUGCUCAGAAAAUGUAUCAAAUUGGAUCCAAGAUUUACUCCAGCUUACAUCGAACUUGCCAAACUACGCGGACCUAACGACCAGAGCGUUAAUCGAUUGUUAAAAGAAGUUGUUAAUAUGAAUCCAUCCGAUCCUUAUUUUUCUACAAAUUUCGCUCAUUGGUUAUUAAGAGAAGGCAAUCAUCAAGAUGCACUUUGGUACUACUGGAAAUCUCUCCAGAUUUCACCAACACAUGAAAAAGCACUGGUUGGAGCUGCAAGAAUUUUGCAAAAAGUUGGUCAAAAGGCGAGGCUUUUUCAGCUCAUCACCAGGUGGCAAGUUAUAAAGAGAAAUGGUAAAGGGCAACUUCCGCUUGGACUCCAUUUAUACCUACAAGUAUGGCAUUUGAAAGGAGAGCUAAGCCAUAGGGCCCGAAUAUAUGACAUAAAUUUAACCCCGAAUAACACGAAAUCUACAACUUCAACAGCUCAAUCCAGCAGUAGUACUAACAAAUCCUUAAGCAGAAACAGUUCAAGAUCUCGAACAGAAAACACCGAUUCUCUAAGACCUCUAAUGGUCUCCCAUUUUUCGGAUAGUGUAUAAACAUGAUAACAAUGUUACGAUUGGAAUGGUAGACAAUUCAAAAUAGAAGUAAACUAAUGAAUUUGUAUUCGCAUCCAGUAAUUUUUCAAAAUUUCAGUAUCUUUUUUAAAAAAUUAGACGUCGUGGUAUUUGAGGUAACAAAUUUGUUAAUUGGUGUUGUGUUGAGAGUAAACAUUUGAAAAUUAAUAAGGAGAUUAUGACGCAUCACUAAUUGUAAUGUGUGUAAUUGUUUUGGAAUUAAAACAUUUUUCGAGAGAAUAACAAUGGACAAGUAACAAUCAAUAAUAUGUUAAAGAACUAACCGCAAUUGUGGUCGAAGAAUAGUGAAGUAACACAAAUUAACUAGUCGAACUGUCGUAAGACUUAACAAUUGACUAGAUUUCCAGAAAAAAAUUAAAAAAAAUUCCUGUUGUUGGCCAAUAUAUUGGCCCAAAUCACACGAAUCUUUUAUGUAUAAUCAACAAUUGAUUGAACUUGUUUUAAUGUCCGGCCGUGGCUAUCAGUCGUUGGAAAAAUAUUGGACAACAAAGGAGAAGUCGGAAGUGAUGUCACCAAAUUCCUUUCUACUAAGCAACAAAAGCUCCACAGCGAUGUGCAUCAUGAAAGUACUAGAAAAAUGUAAGGAUAAUAAACGCAUGUAACAUCGAUUCCAAGUGAAAAAAAAAUGAGAAAAAUAGUUUCUAGAUGACUUAUAUAUAUCUACAACAAAUCAAUUUAUUCCUAGCAACACAAUAAUAACGAAAAAAUAACAGUGGAAAAAUUUAUACAUUUCCUUGUGAUAAUUGAUUAUUCAACCAACUUGGAAGUAUAAUUUUGAGAAAACGCUAACGAUUCACGUGCGUGCUUCGUGCAUUAAAUUGUCUACCUUUCUAAAAUUUAUUGAUAAACUAAUAAAUUGUGAUUAGUUUCGUAAACUGUUUCGCAGUAUUAAUAUUAUUAAGACACAUUAAUUGAAUUCUCUGAAUAACACAUAUUUCAUUUCGCAUUUAGUAGCAAAAUUAAUAUUUUGUACCAAUUUAAGUACCCAUUAUAUGAAAUUUAUUUGCAAACUUUUUUUAUGUAUAGAAUCACGAUAAGCAUAAAUAUUUUUAUAAAAAUUAGCUUAAUCUUGAUAGAAAUGGAGAGUCUGUUGGAAUGAUUUCUGAGAAAUAUAUACAGGGUGUUCGAAAUAAGUUUAUAUGGUUAUAGGUACUUCAGUUUGAUAAUAUUUUAGUGAGGGAAUUAAGAAUAGCUUAACUUAAGUCCUCUGGAAUGAAAAUAUGUUAAUUCAAAAUAUAAGGUAUGUAUAGAAUCGCCUUGUUAAAUUUAACGUUGUGUUUUUUUUAAAUCCAUAGUCACAAAAAUCGUGGGCUGAGAUCUUUUUCCAUAAUUUUUGGCAUAUUUUGAGAUGGUUUCCGUUAACAUCAAUAAAUUGUGCUAGCAAACAACUAUCCAUCUUCUUCUCCUUUCAUUGCCUCAUUCGCCGCAAAAGUUGGCUAUUAACAGAUGACACUUCAAACCACUGGCGGUGAUUGUGCAACCAUGAUUGCCCGGUCCCCUCUUACUACCCACUUUACCUUGGAUAAUCGACUGCAAAAGUCGGUAUUCGUCUUGUCUUAGUAUGUGGGCAUAUUUCGUUUUUUUAUACUCUAAUGACGACUUUCUUCUCUUUCCCAAGUCUCUGCAUAACUUCCAUGCUGGUCAUUUGCUUCGUCCAGGAUAUUUGCGUCGAUUUAUCUACAUUUCGACAAAUUCUAUUCUUUUUAAAGUAGCCUCGGUUAUCCAAGCCUCCACAUCAUAGAACAAAACAGGAAAAACACCUGACUAGUAUCAAUUUCAGUAAUGAAGAAAUAUCUUUGCUGGUAUAUAGUUUCUUUAUGUUCUUUAACGCAGCUCGGCUCGUAUUUCUAAUGUCUAGUCCCAUUAUUGUAGUUCUGAGAUAUAUCUACGUUUCUACCCGAUCUAUGCCUAGACCGUUUAUCGUUAGACGCACUGAAGGAUGUUGACUUUUGCUAAUAAUCAUAUUUUUUCUGUGUGAUAUAUUCAAGGAGAUUCCAUAUUCUUCCCUUGCUGCGUAAAUUUUUUGCAUAAUUUUUAGCUAACUAAAUGUGUCGUCAAUAUAUUUAAUGUUGUUGAUUGCUUCUUCGUUGAUUUUAAUGCGAUCUGAUACUUCUGCCAGUGCUUCUCUAAAGAUUUCUCGGAUGUUGAAUAGGUGUCAGAAUGCAACCCCGUCGCACUCCUCUCUUGACUGUAAUUUCUCCGCUGAAUGAAAUCGCCGUACAUAAUAAAUGGUAGCUUUCCGCAGCCUACGCUGGUGACUUUGAUAUUGAAGAAAUUAUCUGGGUGUUCCGGGACUAGAUGCAAAAAAUUCGGGAGUGAGAUAACGUGAAAAUAGUGCUGUAACAUAAAAAAUUUUCUCUUACCACCCCUUGAGUUAUAUGACAAUAAAGUUGCGAAAUGAAUACUUGGAUGAUUCCGUAUGUCUAUGUAAUGUGUUUGACGGAAUUAAAAAUUCUACAAAACUCAGCUGAUAAAAAAGAGAUAGGGGAGAUAGGAAACCUAGUGAUAAAACCUUAAGAAAUCAAAAAUAACAUUUUAAAACCGCGAAGCAACGGGUCAGGAUAGAUUAAAUUUCAAUUUAUGGUAAUUUUCGAUUCAUGGAACAAAAUCUGAGGACACAUAACACGAAAAUUUUAGACUUAAAAAGAGAUUGAAUGAAUUGUACUAUUAAAACAGAAUGUUGUCAAGCCAAUGACAAAAGUUUUAUAAAAAAGACAGAAUUAAUGGAUUCAAUAGAAAAAAUUUAUCAGAAAGGAGCAAUUUGAAAUCAUAGAAACUGAGACAAAAAGAUACAAAUAUCGGAUGGAGAUAAUUACUCACUUAUUCAUCUGAUCCUUAUGCCUUCCUACCCCUACAGAUGUGGGACGACGGGUUAAGUUUCUCUUUUUCUAGAACUCUGGUUUCUGUUUCUGGUAAUACCUCGUGUAAUUUCCUUCGUCUAUUCUCGGUAGCUUUGUUUAUUUGAUUCAUAUAGGUUUUCCUCAACUUUUGGUUCUUAUUGUUCUUGCCCCGAAUUAUCUUUAUGUUUUUUUUAUAUAUUUUUCAUCAGUAGAAGUUUAUUAUUGUUGACUGAAUCCAUCUCAUUUUGAGAAAUGCUUUUUCAGCUCAUAUAGGAGCCUGUGCUGUUUUUUGAGAAAUUCAUAAUUGAUCAUCCUUUAGACUCUCUCCAUGUUAUAUUAACACUCUCUAAAUAUAAGACUCUAGUAAAUAAGUGAACUAUAAAAGAAUGUACUUGUAUAGAUUUGGUUCCUUUUUUAUAAAUAUAAUAAUUUAUUGUAAAGAAUUUUUUCGAAGAUUCUAAAUUUUGUACUUUGGCUAGACAUUGAUCGUUUCCAUAAAAAUGUCUAGUUAUCAACUAAUUCCAUUCAAUUAUUAAUCACUAACAUUUAACUUAAAACUACAAGCAGCAUGAUUGGUCUAAUAAGUUGAUAUUAAAAUAUGAAAUUGAUAUCUUAUACGUUAAGAAGUAUUAAGAAAAUGACAUAGGUGGUGAAGAAUGCAGAAAAUAAUUUUUAGUUGACAGGAUGCAUUGUUGGGAAUUUGUAUAACGUAAUUUUUUUGAAUUUACCGUCAAGUCUAGCCAAGUUAACAAUUUAGAAAAUUGUCGUCACCUCACGUAAUAUUGAAUUCAUCAUAAUAUAAACAUCACAUAGAAAUGGUUGUAAGACUACUGUUAAGAAUGUACUAUUGAUUCGACAUAAAAAAUAUCAAAUGAUAUUUUAUUCCAUUAAUUCAAUGUGAAACGUACCUUAUUGUGUAAUUUUAGUAUAGUAAUAUUGAUGUGGUACUUCUCAAACAAUUUAUAUUUGAGGAGUUUUGUCGUUAAGUUCCCAAUUUUUUUAAUUUGCUCAACGCAAACUGAACGAAAUAUAUUUAAUGUGGAUAAAAUAAUUAUCGAAUUUAUUUCCAGAUACUUAUUCCGUAAUAUUACUUUUGUGAUAAGAUAUAAUUUUUGAAUCGAGGAUGACGACGUUUGAAACUUAUGUGUUAAAAUGAAUUCCUGUGGGGCCAUUAUGUAUACUAACAUCCAAUAAAAGAGUAAAACUUUUUUCAUAAACUGAAUAUUAUUAGGACAUGUUUUUGUGAAAAACUCGUUUGGUCUGAUAUAUAAGCACUAGACAGCUGUAAUAACAUUAAAACUUUGCAAGAAGUCACGUAUUGGUCUGAAGAUUUCUAAAAAAAAUAUUCAUCCAAGCAAAUGUUUGCACGAAAAUGUACUAAAAUAUUGGAAAAGUCUACCAGUGCAUCUGUUAGAAAAUGGAAAAAUAAUGCGUUGCCAAAGAUAAUUCGGUCAAUUUAAACAUGUUAGGGUGAAAAUAUUUGCGCUAACUAAAAAUUGCUUUUUUUUUCAGCCUAAUUAUAAAAGUUUGCUAAAAGAUUCACAUCGAUCCUAUAUCUGGGAAAGGUCGUGAAAAGGAGUUUUGUGAUUCUGAUCCUGUUUAAUUUGAAACUAUUGAACAAUAAAUACUAAUAGUGUUUGGGAUAAAAGAUGCCGAAUGAAUUGUGGAAACAUUCACAUUUUACACCUCUUUCUACAAUUGCGUAUGAUGGUGUUAUGCAAUCUAUGCAGCACAUAUAUAAGAAUAAAAUCGGGUUUGCCUAUCAAUUCCAACCAUAAACCUUUGGAUCAAACUGAGAACCAAACCACGAUGUAACUUCAUUAUACACCCAAAAAACUUUAUAAUUAGUAGAAGGUGAAAUCGGAAAGAGCCAAGCUAAUCUAUCGUGUGUUUCUUGACGUGUGGGUGAGUAAUCGACUCGUGAACGAAAUUUUGAAAUUGCCCAUGCAAUCAGUUCUAAAUUGAUUCGGAAUCAAACGCCAACAAAGCUAAUGCAUCGGAACUUAUCUAAGUGGCAAUUCUUUAGGAGCUGCGUAAGUUGAAAGAAAAAAGUAUUCAAACAACUUUUUCAGAUAUUUAUAUGAAAACAACUUUACAUUAUCCAAUUUUAUGAUAAAACUUUUCGAUUUGAUUUCUAAAAAACAUCUAGACCAGGUAUGGAAUCGAUGGGGACUUUCUUCAAGCAUUCUUUUGUAGUGAUGAUUUUACAUUCGUACCAAUUUGUGAAUUUUUGUAGCUUCACUACUAUUUUCAGCAUUGAUGACCGGGCUAAUUGUACUCUGGAUCACGCAAUAAUCACGAAACCGAAAUCAAUGUGCUUGUGGUUUAUUUUUUAAAUUGUUUUGAUUGAAACCAAAUUUGAGAUGUUAUCAAGUUCUUUUCUUCCAAGAAAAUAGGAAAAUCUGUUCAGCGACUAAAUCGGAAAUGCUAACUCUCUUUUAUCAAUCUUAUCAAUCAAAUUUUUGCUACUUCACCAAGACUGUUGAUUUACACUAACAUUUUUAAUGUGACCUUGAUAAAGUCUGUUUAAUAUCGACGGUGAAUUGGUACAAAUUCUCAGCAGUAUAUAUAGGUACUAAUUUCCUAACACAAACAUAAAAGUAUAUAGAAUAUAUUUUGUUCUUUUCCUUAUUCUAUUCAAUUACAACAGCAUUUCUUCUCUUAUAGCCUUGCUUCUUAUAUAAACUCCCUCCUCUGAUAAUUUUUAAUGUUUUCAUCUCUGUUUUCUCUCAUCAUGUUCUUCGUUUUUGAGAAAUAUUCCGUUAUUUCCAUAUCAAAUAAAUAAUGGGUAUGGAAUAUAAUGGGAUUGAAGGUAUAUAAUAUUUGUUAUAAACAACAAAUGAAUAAUUUUCACAUUGCUUUUAUUACUCUAGUACACAAGCACAAUGAUUGCAGUAAACUGCUAUUUUUUUAAAUUUUAUUAAUUUAUUAAACCGUUUAACAACUUGAUAAAGAGAUUGUCUUGGAAUAACAGUUUGCAGGAAACUACAUUAUAUCUUAUAAAUUCAUUUCGUAAGAAAGUGUUUGGAUUUUUACUAUGUAUAUACCCCACAAAUAUUAUCGCAUCCCUCAUUAUUUUUUAAAUAUUUUAAAUGUGUUGCCUGUUUUUCGAAUUUUAUUAUUACGAAUUGAAACACGAAUUGAUACAUUUAUUUUAUAUCAGUUUAAUCUACAGAGAACAAAAAGUUUGAUUUACCAAAACAUAGAAAAUAUCAGAAAACUCUAUACAAAAAAAUGAACGGUGCUUAAACUAAAGCCAGCCGAUGAAUUUCUAAUACAGCUUCCAUUCGUCUUGGAAGGCUUCUAAACAGGUUCUGGAGGUAUCCUUGCGGCAUGUUUUCCCCAGAAGUUAAAAAGAACAUUUUAAAGAUCAUCUAGUGCUCUUAUUGGUGCCGGAUGCUGCUGAAUUUGUCAUUCUAGAUGAUCCCAGACAUGCUCUAUUGAUAGAGCCACCACCACAGCUUCCAGUUUGACAAAAAUUAACCUGAUCGUGUUCACCACGUCGCCUAUAUACUGGUACACGCCUAUCUGAUGAAUACAGACAAAAUCUUGAUUUAUGCGUGAAUAAAAUAUUGGACCGUUUACUUCUAAUAACGAUCAGCAACUACCGAAGUUACCCUUCCGUGGUCUUGUUCGGGUCUUCUGGUUAGCUGCCCUGUUUCUUGGUAGCGCGAUUAUUCUAGCGGCUUCUUCAUUCGUCACAUGUCUUGUUAAACGUUGAUGCAAAUUCAUUAUUAACAAAAUAAAUAUAAAUUUUCACGAUACAAUAAGACAAUUUGCUUAAAAAGUUCUCGAUCUCAAUGCAUUGUCCAAGACAGAAAUGAUUUACUCGAGCAUUUUUGCUUCCAAAAAAAUUUUUAAGAAAUUGUGAUAUUUUUUUGCCCUUGAUAAGAAACCGGAAAUAUCUAUUAAUUUGAUACAUAUACAGAUUGUCCCAAAAAACUAAAAUUGAGUAUAAAAAAUAUCCUAAAAUACCAGUGAUGCGAUAAUUAUUAUGGGGUGUAUAUUUUGCCGCAUCUCAAUUAUUCCAAAACUUCUAGAAAUAUUGAAGCAGUUGAUCCAGAUUAUUAUUGGUAUCAAAUUGUAUACUUUUCCACAUUUCUAUAAAAACGAUUAAACAAUUGACUCAACUAACAUGGUAUCAGAAGAUUUGGUCCAAAUAAAAAGAUCAAUGCUAUUGAUCUUGAAUGUUCUAUGAAUUUAUGUAUUAUAAAGUUAUUGUAAUGAUUUUGUUACGUUUGGAGAUUGUAGUAAUUUCUCUAAAUUUGUUUAUAUCACUAUAUGGAUUGCCAAAUAUAACGAUAUUGUACAGUUUUUGAUUUGAUAAUUAAUAAAAGACAUACUGUU